UCACGCAUGCGUCCUCUGCUUUCACAGAAGCGAUUUUUGCAGCUUCCGUCGGAAUAGCGAGCGUGCGUCGAGGAUACCAUCGCCAUGGCUCGAAAUGCAGAAAAGGCCAUGACGGCCUUAGCAAGAUUUCGCCAAGCUCAAUUGGAGGAAGGAAAAGUCAAGGAACGAAGGCCUUUUCUUGCAUCAGAGUGUAAUGAACUUCCUAAAGCUGAGAAAUGGAGACGUCAGAUUAUCGGUGAAAUUUCCAAGAAAGUGGCACAAAUUCAAAAUGCUGGGUUAGGUGAAUUCAGAAUUCGUGACUUAAAUGAUGAAAUUAACAAACUUCUCAGAGAAAAGGGACACUGGGAGGUCCGAAUAAAAGAGGUGGGAGGACCUGAUUAUGCGAGAAUUGGCCCCAAAAUGCUGGAUCAUGAAGGCAAAGAAGUUCCAGGAAAUAGGGGCUACAAGUAUUUUGGAGCUGCUAAAGAUUUGCCUGGUGUCAGGGAGCUUUUCGAAAAAGAACCUCUCCCUCCUCCAAGGAAGACUCGAGCUGAACUCAUGAAAGCUAUUGAUGCCGAAUACUAUGGCUAUCGAGAUGAGGAUGAUGGUGUUUUGGAACCACUGGAACAGGAGCAUGAAAGAAAAGUUAUUGCAGAAGCAGUGGAGAAAUGGAAAACAGAGAGAGAAGCACGACUUGCAAGUGGGGACAAGGAAGAGGAGGAGGAGGAAGAAAACAUCUAUGCAGUAAAUGAUGAUGAGUCUGAUGAAGAAAGUGGAAAGGAAAAAGAAGGUGAAGAUAGCCAGCAGAAGUUUAUUGCCCAUGUCCCAGUGCCUUCACAACAGGAGAUUGAAGAAGCCCUUGUCCGAAGAAAGAAGAUGGAACUUCUUCAGAAAUAUGCCAGUGAAGCUCUUAUGGCUCAAAGUGAAGAGGCUAAAAGGCUUUUAGGACUGUAAUUGUUCGUGAUGCUUCUGUUUAUAAUCCAUCCUAAGACAGUAGAUGACUUUGGGAGCAGCUUCUUAAAGCACUUUGAUUCUGGAGAAAGUAAUGUUAUCUUUGCCAGUUCUUAAAACUGUAAGUGGCCUUUACCUGAGCAGAUUUCAUUGUGAAUCUCAUUUCUAGUAAGUUUUAUGCUCAACCUUCCCAGUGAUUCCAGAUGACCAGCAACCUUGCCUCUAAGCUCUCUUUUUCUAGUUUGCAUUUGCUUGAUUUCAGCUUUAUGAAGCAAUUUCUGCUGUGGUGAAUGCUGUUAGAUUAAAAAGUGCAUACUGUAAUAUACUAUUCUACUGACUAGUCAGUAGUAUACAAUAACAUUUAUCAAAGGGUUUAUUUAGCUUAUCCUGUGGCCUGCAAAUUUGAGAUAGGAUUGGAAGGCACAUUUUAUAGCAGCUGGAGUUUUAUUGUUCUGGUUUUGCAGGAGAGCUGAUAUUCUGUCCAAACAAUGCAGUUUUACAGUAGCAUGCUCAAAGCUCUUUGGAGUAGCUGCUCACUUGGUUGGAUUUCAAAUGUGCUGGAUAUUUCAGCUAGUAAUACUGUGAAUACUACUUCACCUUUGUAAUGUUUCUCAAAACUUUUCAGUAAAAAUGUUUUAUACAUA